AUGGGAAGCGAUAAGCUUGCCAAAACCAUUUUUGAUAUGUUUGACUGGGCAUCCGGUGGUCGAAGUGCUGUCAAGAAAAGAAGCUACCGCGAUUCGGUGGUUCAGUGCAAAUGUUUAAAACAAGGACAGAUAUUUUCGGCGAACGCCAUGGAAAUGCCAGAGCAUUUCGUGGCGGCCGUUUUGUUUUAUUCAUAUCGAUCGGUUCCAGGGAGUCGAAUGGGAACUCUUGAGAUUCUCAAAAAGAAACGAAACAAAUCAACGCGAUUCAUUUUCGCGAAACUUUCAGAAGCGCAUUAA